UGUGACUUUCAUUCUUUUUUGUUUACUUUACUAAACUUUCGUUCGUUUUUAUAUACACACCUUCGUUUUUCCCUCCACAUUCACUAUGAAGCUCUCCUCUAUCCUCACUUUGGGUCUUCCCGCCCUCGCUCUGGCAGCUCCCACUUUCAAGAGGGCCAGCCUCAUCAAGAGAGCCAACCUCGACGAGGUUGCCACCACUGGAUACGCCACUGAGAAUGGCGGUACUUCCGGUGGAAAGGGUGGAAAGACCGUUGAGGUCUCAUCCUUCGACGAGCUUACUGCCGCCGUGAAGGGCGACGAAGCUUCCAUCAUCCUCAUUACAGGCCCCAUCAAGGCCACUGGAGAUGUCCGCGUCGGCUCCAACAAGAGCAUCAUCGGCAAGGACUCCUCAGUUAAACUCGAGGGCUUCACCAUCACCGUCAAGCAGACCUCCAACGUCAUCCUCCGCAACUUCGCCCUCUCCAAGGUCGUUGGCGGCGACUCCAUCUCCCUUAACAAGGCCACCAACGUCUGGGUCGACCACGUCGAUCUCUUCAGCGACCGCGACCACGACAAGGACUACUACGACGGCCUGCUCGACAUCACGCACGCCUCCGACUUCGUCACCGUCUCCAACAGCUUCCUCCACGACCACUGGAAGGCCACCCUCGUCGGCCACAGCAACUCCAACGAGUCCGAGGACAAGGGCAAGCUGCACAUCACCUACAACAACAACUACUUCAAGAACCUCAACUCCCGCGUCCCCUCCUUCCGCUUCGGAACCGGCCACAUCUACAACAACUUCUACGAGGACGUCUCCGACGGCAUCAACACCCGCCUCGGCGCCCAGCUCCUCGUCGAGAACAACGCCUUCUCCGGCAUCAAGAAGCCCCUUUACGCCACUGACGCCGGCUUCGCCGUCGCACGCGGAAACGACUUCGGCGGCGUGGAGGUCAAGGACCUCGGUGGCUCCCUCGACUCUGUCCCUUACAAGGCUGACCUCAUCGAGGCGUCGGCUGUCAAGGCCGCUGUCGUUGGCACCGCUGGUGUUACCCUCACUUUCUAGACACGUACCUUUUUAUGUACCCUACCAAGUCUAGCUUUUUGAGGGAAAGGGGAACAUAUGGAUUCCCGAUUCUGUGUAUAUAUCUUUUACUGAGCGAAACAGCAUUUUUUCGAUUCUUUGGUCACUAUAUUGGCCUUCUUUUUUUUCACGGUGGUCUGCCGCGCAGACGAAAUCAAAAUCAAAAACUUUAUGACACUUC